CACGUCUGUGCUUCUGAUGUUUUCAGUCGAAUCUUUGCCACUGGUGUAAUUGAAAUCGCAUAUUAAAAUGAGCAGCUUAACCGACCAAGACAUACAAAAAUGGGUGGACGAGAUCAUGGCGAAAAAGGGCAUCAACAAUUACAAAUUGGAUAUAGCCAAUUCAUCGGCCAAAGGCGAGGGUUAUUUAGGCGAAAUCAGUUUCGUUAAAGUAACCACAGACGAGGGCAGAAACGAUGAGAAAGUCUACGAUAUGGUAGUGAAAUCAGCCAAAGAAAACGAUAAACUAAGAGAAUCCUGUCCCAUUGCUGAGACUUACCUUAGGGAAAUUCAAGUCUACGCAGAGUUAUUCCCGAUUAUCGAGGCCCUACAAAAAGAAUACUGCAUCAAAAACGCCUUCACCCACUACCCGAAGCUCUACAAAGUCAACAAAGAGGACAAAAAGGAAACCCUGAUACUGCAGAACAUCAAGAGCUUGGGCUACGAGCUCCACGAGCGAUCCAAACCCCAAAACUUCGAGCACAUUUUGUUCGUUUUUCGCACCUACGCCAAAUUCCACGGCGCCAGUUUGGCGCUGAAGGCCAAAAAGCCGCAUAUAUUCGAAAAACUCGCCAGCAAAAUGAGCGACAUCAUGGCCGAGUUUCUCAUCCAGUCCCAGAUGAUCCCGAACUUCCAGAAACACCACCAGAAGAGCAUCGAAUUGCUGAGGAAAGCCGGCAGGAGAGACCUCGCUGAGAAGAUGGAAGAAGAAGCCAAAGAUUUAAAGGAAAUACUCACUACAAUGACUCUACCGAACGACCGAGAAGCUGAGGCUGAAGCUGUAUUUUUGCACGGAGAUUGCUGGAACAACAACAUGAUGUUCAAGUAUAAAGACAACGAUACAUCAAGACCAUCCGACAUAGUUUUCUUGGACUUCCAGUUAACCAGAGUAGCUUCACCGAUACUCGAUUUGUCUUACUACAUCUACGCAGUGGCGGAUAAACCGGCGUUGGACAACAUCGAUUACUUCCUGGAGGAGUACCACAGGGAAUUGGGGGAUUAUUUGAGGCAAUAUAAAAUUAACGUGGAGGAUAUGUUGACUUUGCGCAGGCUGAAGGCUUCCUGGAGGAAGUACGGGAGGUACGGCUUGGGGAUGACUCCGUUCAUCCUGCGAGUGGAGCUGUGCAAAGAGGACGAGGUCAUCGAUUUUACGGAUAAAAUCGCGGACGGGAGCAUACAGGACGAGGAGAUAGGCGAGAUUCAGAAGCAGGACGAAUACAAUAGGAGGAUUUUGAACAUUUAUAGGCAUUUUAGUGAGAAAUUUUUAUCAUAAUUUCGAGCACUUUGUCUCGGAGAAAAAAUUAGGCAAAUAUUUUUGGAGAUGAAUAUCAUAAUUUAAAAUUCGAUAGGUGGUUAUUAUUUUUUUCAUGUUAAUGAUAUGUGUUGAUUGAUUUAGAAUAUACGUUUCGUU